GUUGGGCACCAACACUCCCCCACUUAACAACCCGCUGCCCGUCGACGCUUGUCCAAAUCACAUGCCCAGUCCAGUUUUUUUUAACUUUCUUCGGAUCGCCCUUUCCUUCGUUGAGUUUCACCAGGCACAACCACUCACUCGGCAAUGCAUGUUUGUCACUGCCAGCGCAGUUUUGGCUCUCAAGCGGGGUUGAUGCAGCAUCAAACAGACAAACACGGCUCCACCACCCCACUCAACAAUGCAAACCUUCAGCCAACACCACCGAAUCCCAGGGCAAAUGUUCGCGGCCGCCGUUCUCCUCGCGAGGCUCGGAUGUGGAGAGGACUACGGAGCCCAGUGCCGGCCCAGAUCAUCGAUCCCGCAGUCCUAGAGCCCUCAGCCAUUCCCGUCUCCAGCACGACACCCCCUGAGCUAGUGUGCAGCUACAACUGGCAGGGCUCUGCAGGGUUCCACGUUCCUGGCCACGCGCCGGUAUGGCAAGACCUCGCCCUCCCUGUAACCCUCCCCAAAGAUAACCGAAGCACGUCGGCACGCGUUCCGGCAUGGCAGAUCUCACAGUACCCGUUCCAGCAGGUCUUCCAGGCCGCCGAGUUCAUGAGCCCUGGGUUCCGGUUCAGCGACGUCGACGUCGUCGUCACGCGCAACAGCCUGCGCAAACUGCUCGACCUGUGCGCGCGCCGCAGCCAGCAGAGCUUCCGCGUGACCGUGUCGGUCGUGCACGGCACGCUGUUCGUCGAGCAGUACGACAGCGCCUUCAUGGCGUUCCAGUCCGCCGGCUGGGGCCACAGCUUCGAGCGCGCCUUCACUGCGUUCCCUCCCGGGCUCGAGGCCAGCACCUCGCACGACCGCUUCCUGCGCUAUGCAAUCGGAGGGCUAAAUUGUAUCGUAGGCUUCGAGGUUGACGCAUGCUACAGAGAGAGAAAUGGGAAUGGGUCAGGGGACGGCGCGACGGUUGAUGAUGCGCUCAAGACGAUGCGCGCCGGUAUGUACGCUCUGGCCUUGGGCAACCACUUAGCUCCACAAGCGGCUUCCCCUUCCGGUAUUACCGCCAAGGAACGCACGAUGCCGCAGUCGACGGCCGCCGAGAUCAAGUCAUCCGGUGGGAAAUCCAGGACCGGCAUCAGCGCGUACCUGCCACAGCUCUGGUUCGGGCGCACGCCGUGGCUGAUUGUGGGGUCGCACAACGAGGGCACCGUCACCCAAAUUAGGAUCACCAAUGUCGAGGACAGCUUUGCACGCUGGGAGGCAGACCACCAGGGCGAGCUCCGCCGGCUGGCGGCGCUGCUGGCCGAGUUGCGCGACGCGGUAGAGAGACACGGUGGCCGUGGCUGCGCGGCGAUUUAUGACAAGGAUGCCGGGACUCGUGUCGUUGCGGUCCAUCCGCUCGCGCAGGGCGUGGCGGCUAUUCCUGUGGACGUGAGGGGGAGAUUUUGGGAUUAAGGUGGUGAUGAUGAUGAUGAUGAU